GAUUUAUUUAGUUUUUAUUCAAGUUUUGAACAGGCAGCUGUCGGGACGCUCCCGCGAACUUCUGAGGACCCGCACUAGCAUGCCUGUGUGACAAUCAACAUUAGUUCGCAGGCUAACGGGCUGCUAACAGACAAAACUCAGAAUAAAAACAGAAUUAAAAUGUCAGAGAUGAAGGUGAAGAAGGAGGGGAACCUGGCGGACCCUGCGGAGGUGGAGAACAGGAUCAAACUGCUGUGUCAGCAGUUUCCUCACGGGAUCACAGACCAGGUGAUCCAGAACGACAUGCCUCACCUGGAACCUCAGCAGAGAGCUCUGGCAAUCAACAAGCUGCUGUCGCUGGGUCAGCUGGACCUGCUGAGGAACAGUUCAGGGCUGCUAUACAGGAUGAAGGACGCUCAGAGCGCCAGUAAGAUGAAAGGUUCAGACAACCAGGAGAAACUAGUUUAUCAGAUCAUCGAGGACGCAGGAAACAAAGGGAUCUGGAGCAGAGAUAUCCGCUUUAAGAGCAACCUUCCUCUGACGGAGAUCAACAAGAUCCUGAAGAACCUGGAGAGCAAGAAACUGAUCAAAGCAGUGAAAUCGGUGGCGGCGUCAAAGAAGAAGGUGUACAUGCUGUACAACCUGCAGCCCGACCGUUCGGUGACCGGUGGCGCCUGGUACAGCGACCAGGACUUUGAGUCCGAGUUUGUCGAAGUUCUCAACCAGCAGUGCUUCAAGUUCCUGCAGAGCAAGGCGGAGGCGGCGAGGGACAGCAAGCAGAGCCCGAUGGUGCAGAGGAACAGCUCCUUCGCCACCUCGCACGAAGUCUGGAAAUACAUCUGCGAGCUGGGAAUCAGCAAGGUGGACCUGUCCAUGGACGACAUCGAGACCAUCCUCAACACACUCAUCUACGACGGGAAGGUGGAGAUGACAGUCAUCGCCGCCAAGGAGGGGACGGUGGGCAGCGUGGACGGACAGAUGAAGCUGUACCGCGGCGUCAACGCCGUCAUCCAGCCAACCGGCCUUGUCAGGACACCCUGCGGCCUCUGCCCGGUGUUUGACGACUGUCACGAAGGCGGAGAAAUCUCGCCGUCCAACUGCGUGUACAUGACGGAGUGGCUGGACUUCUGACGGCUCGUCUCUUCUCUCUGCAGUUUGUUAUUCCAGCGAUCUUUUCUUUUCUAUUUAAGUUCAAUAAAAUUACAAAAUGAA